AUGGACGCUACAAAAACCCUCCCUGCUUCGUGGUACACUUCUCAAAAUUUAUACAAUCUCGAACAACGAGCGGUCUUUUACAAGUCAUGGUACCUGGUCGGAGCGGUACCUCGGUUCGCCGUCGACCGUGAAGUCGACUUUGAAUUCGCGGGUGUCGAGGUGACGAUUCAUCAUGACGGCAAUGAGAAUUUCAAAGUCGUCAGGAAAUCAGAUGGCCUCGAAUUAGACCAUCACCUCACACCAACCGGCCUCCUCUUCGCCACCGUCGACCCCUCGGCACCAUCCUUUUCGCAAUGGUUCCCCCCUUCUCUCCUGGACCUGUUGUCCGGCUACGACUUCCGCCGUCUCCCGUACCGUCGCACCAUCAAGUACCCGGGCCGCUUCAACUGGAAGACCAUGGUCGACGGGUACCAGGAGUGCCUGCACUGCCAGUACACCCACCGCAGCUUCAGCGUCAAGUACCCGCCCACCUUCUACGAGGUGCACAACCACGGCACCUACAGUCGACACAUUGCCGACCCGGCCAAGCCGGACGACGGCCUGUUUUUGUUCUUUUACCCCAUCUGUACUCUGAACCUGUACGGCGGCGGCAUGAGUAGUUUCCGAGUCUGUCCCGGCGACAAAGUCGGAGAGACCAGGAUGGAGUUUGAUUAUUACUUCGACGACGGUAGCGAGGGAGGGGGGAUGGAAGGCUUCGAAGACUACUUCAAGUUUGUGAGAAAGGUGGCCCUCGAAGAUUACGAGCUGUGUGAGGUCGCACAGAGUAAUCUGGAGAGAGGCAUCUACACCCAAGGGGUGUUGAAUCAGAAGAAGGAGAGUGGUGUUUUGCAUUAUCAACAACUCACAAGAAAAAUGGUUGUCGAUAAAUUCAAAGAGGAAGAAGCUGAAAAGAACUCGCUCACACCGGCGAGUAGCAGGGCCAGUCAUGGUUAUGUCUCAGGACAGGAUGACGUCUCUGUAUCGGCUUGA